GUCAAUUAUCUCACGAUGGAACUCAUUCGUGAUCCGCGUCACAUUUUUAUAACUCGUCUUUUCCGCGAUAUAUAUAAAAUUGUUAUUACGUAAUUGUUAUGCGACAAUGUCUAACAGUACUUUAUUAUUCGUCUUUAUUGCAUUAAUUCGUUACACUUGUGGGGUUAGGAUUAACUUUACGAAUUGUCAUCAUCCGGAAUGGUCUUGUGUCAAUAAUGUACCGAACGAGAUCACAUACACCUGUGCAGUGACAAAAAAUGACGACUUCAUUAUUCAUCUAAAGGAUUUUUACACGGAUCACGUACACACGGUCACGAUACAGAAUUGUCGAGACUUACGAGUUGUUCUAGACUGUCCGAUAUUGCAGAGGCCGUCGCGGCUACAAAAGUUUGUAAUCAAAGAUUGCACUAGACUUGAAUUCGUCUCUCUAUCCGCUAGCUCCUUAUUACAAACACCGCCCGAAGUGAAGUUGGAAAACAUAAGAGAAAUCGUAUCGUUCCCAAGAAACACGUUCAAAUCGCCGAGCACUAAUUCUGAGUUUAAAUGUAUGGGCGCUUCGUAUUACAGAAGGAUUCAUAUUGUAAAUAGUAUUAUUAAUUCAAUUAACACUAAAGCAAUUUAUAAUGUAAGCGGUGUCAAAAGUGUCGAAUUCGAAAAUGUUACCAUAACGGAAAUACAGAGCGAAGGUGUUGAAGUUGUGACGGGUAACGAUAAUACGCUCUUUGGUCUUAUAAAUUGCAAAAUUGACAAAAUUGGAUUUAAAGGUAUAACAAUACAAAGUUCCACAACGAAGAUAUUACACGGCGCUUUUGGGGACAUAACAACAAAUUCAAUCAAUGUAACAGCUGAUAAUCUGUACAUUAUAGGAAACACUUUUAAGAGUAUAAGCGCUCUGGGAUUAAAUACGAAAUCUGUGAAUACUGAUGUUACGGACAACAGCAUCGAUCGCCUCAGAACGGAUGCAUUGGCGAACGUGAAAUGCUGUAGGAAAGCGACGAACAAGAAACGUAUGCAUUUCAACCGCAAUGAAAUAAAAAAUGUUGAACCAUAUUCGCUUUAUUUCGAUUACGCGAGCUGUAAAUCUGCGGGUUCGCAGAUCGCUUACAGGGAGAACAAGAUCGACUGCAAAUGUCGAAAUAUCGCAUUCCUCAACUCCCAAUCGAGUAACGAACAGAACAGUCUAAUUUUAAAUCUGACCAAUAACAACACGUGCCUGGUCACGUCCUGCGUGUUGCCCGUCGAAAUCGUUAAGCUGUUAGAAAGCGACAUGUGCCAUUUAAACCUUGACCCCCAAGUUAUGUGUUUACUCUACAACGAUAAGCACUCCACGAUUAAAAAUAACGAAGUGACUACCGACGAUGAUGUCACGGAACCAGCGCCUACAUUUUACUUGAUAAGACAAGCGAAGUCCCUCCACGGAGACGCGGGGGCCGCUAUGACGGCGAUCGAUAAGGACGAUCUUUUGAAAGACAGUCAUUUAAAUAUGACCAACAGAACUAUAAUCAAAGUGGUAUUCGAUUCUUCUAAAGACUUCGUCGAAACGCUGCGUAGUACGAGUAGAACUCGAAGCAGACCGAUAGAAAACAAAUCUCCGCCGAAGGAGGAAUACGUUAGUCAUUGUAUCGGCACGCAAUGCCGGAACACCGCUGCGUACAAUCGACAGAGAGCCUUGGAUUUCUACAAAUAUGUAUACGCACAGCUGCGUACGCCAAGACAGAGCGUUAACAAGAAAACUUAAUGAAUGUUAUCACUUUUCAAUAAUAAAUACAUUCCGAAAUUA